UCAUAGAAUAGAGAGAGAGAAUGCUAUGCACGCACAGACCUUGGGUACAAGCUAGUACUAGUAGUUAUCCUCCACAGUCGAAACAACUAAAUCAAAGUUCCAAUUUUUCAAUCACAAAAACAAAGACUCAAUUUCAGAGAAAGUUUCUUCGCAACAGAUUAAACGAUAUUGAAGUUGAUGAUAUUGAUGAUGAUGACGGUGGUUCUGGGUUGUUGAGAUUUGCAUUGACGGCCCAUGUUAAAUCCAUUACUAGCACUUCUAACCCAUUUGUAAAACACUGUCUUAAGCUCAAAAACAGCUCUUCUUAUCGCCACUCUAAUGGUUCUGCUCUUGUUGUCGGCACCACUUCUAUCAGGGAAAUAUACAGGUAUGAAGAGGCUUCACAAGAGAAAACUGUAAUGGAUUGUUUGCUACUACUUGACAAAGCUGAGAUUCCUGAAGGACUAGAUACUGACUCUGUUCGUAUUGUGCGUAUAAACACUAUGGUAAUGAAAAAACUUUCUGGGGUGCAAUCGGCUGAAUCUAUUGAGGCGAUUGCCUUAAUGAGGUUACCUACCAGUUUCUUAAAUUUAGAUAUUGAUCAAAAUACAUUAGAUUGUCGAAGGUGGUUCCCAUCCACAUAUCGAAUUCUAGUUCUCGAUGGCAUUCAGGACCCUGGUAACCUUGGCACGUUAGUCAGAUCAGCUACGGCCUUUCAAUGGGAUGGUAUAUUUCUUCUUCCUGGUUGCUGUGAUCCAUUCAAUGAGAAGGCACUCAGAGCAAGCCGGGGAUCCUCCUUUCAGCUGCCUAUAGUGUCAGGCAGCUGGUACCAUCUUCAAACCCUCAAAGAUACAUUAAACAUGAAGAUGGUAGCUGGCCAUCCAGACAGUGAUGGGAAAUUGAAAAAGGUGUCUUCCCUAUCUAAAGAGUUCGUACACUCCUUAUCGCAUGUUCCAUUAUGCUUGGUUUUGGGAAGUGAAGGGCGUGGCCUUUCAGAGAAAUCUCAGCAGGAAUGUGAGCUUGUGAGCAUUCCUAUGGCAGGAGAAUUUGAGUCUCUCAACGUUUCUGUUGCUGGUGGGAUUUUCUUGUACAUGUUACAGCCAAAGAACUAGAAUUUUAACUUUCUCAUUAUUUUCAUUAAUGCUUAAUUCAAUACUGAUCGUUUGAUUCUCCCUCUGAUGUUGAUUUUCUCAUGAAUAAAAAAUUAAUGAUAAAUCUUAUUU